AUGAACAUUCCAUCCAACGUGUACGUGUCGGCUAACACUUCCGGCAACCAGGAGCCUAUUGUGAUAUGCUCCUGCGGUAACUCACAAACAUCCGGUUCCUUGCCUCACAUACGGGAUCUUUUUAAAAUGAGCAUUUCAAUCCACGUGCAACAGCAGCGGACUGGUUAGGUAAGUCGGGGUUCGAAUUUACGUAAAAAAAAUCCCGAUAACCUCAAUUAAUUCUUUUGAUUUCCGAUUGAAUUUGUCCUAUGACUCUUAUGGAGCUAAAUUUAAAGUGGCAAAGUAAAUUUAUUCCUUACUUCCAACCAUUUUCCCAAUCUCGAACACUACAUUGUCAACGUACCGACAACAGCGCUAGCGAGUCACGAAUUGAAACUCGCCAAAACUUACACUUUAAUAGCUCAAAAUUAACGCUAUCCUCGAAAAAGAAGACCUAAUAAUGCUUUUCUAGUUUAAAUAAAUAGCAAUAAAACAAAAUAACUUCUAAAGAAGUCUGCUGAAAGUAAGUCAGUAGCUUCGAUUCGAACAGUCGGGAUGUACUGAAAUCAACUCGUCAUAUAUUACAUAUAAGAAGAAGUUUAGCCUUACCCACUUCGCCAGCGACACACUCAGCGGCUCCAAACAGCUUUCCUUUAUAUAUGGUGCCAUCAUCUAAGAUUAAACUCGCCUGUUUUGCAAGAUUUGACGACAUUUUCUCCCACCUCGAAAACUGUCAGCGUGGCUGGAUCACCAUUAGCCACACUGAAAAGCAGAGAAAUUUGGCGCGUGAUUUGUUUGGAGUACUGGUACCCAGCCUCCGCAUACCUUCGGACGGUGGGGCCGUUUAAGUUUAGGGCCUGGAAAGAAGCAAAACAAAAACUGGUAAGCUAGCUGUGCGUGUUGUGUCACAGAUGCAGAAGUUGUACGAUGUGUAUCGAAAAUUUUUAGAUAUUACUGUAAGUUUUAGCCUGUGAAAGGGCAGAGAUUUCUCCUUCGGGAUAGGAAGGAUUAAUACAUGUAUUAAAACCCAAAAAGCCAUCGUAACUCUCCUCUUCAUUCGGACUAACAGCAUUUAUUUUUUAUUCGUUUUGCUUCAUUUUGCUGGCUUACUCUUUUUACUAUUUUUCUGUCAAAAGUACCUCCUCCCCGAGUCUCUUUAAAUUGCCCGAUUUUUUUGGUCACGCGUUUCGUGACAAGAACGCACUUGAGUGGAGACUGGGUUUGAAUGAUAGCUAGGCGCCAUUUUGGUUUGUUUCCUUGAGCAAGCUUCUUGACAAGAAUCUGUUUCCAUCGGAUUGAUUGAGGUAAAUAAGUCCUUGUUUUCGAACUUACAAAUUUCAGUGACGUUUCGUUAAUGUUCUAACCUCAUUGUUUUAUCUGUUGUGACUUUUUCGCUCGAAAAUUUCUAUGUUUUUCUACGGUUGUUUUGACCUCAGCUAACAGAGUAUUGCACUUUCUUUUCCAAAGUUUCUUCAUUGUAUAUGCUUGGAGAACUUCGCUUUGCGUUUUGUACCGUUCAGUUGUGCUCGCACGGUAUUACUGUAGUAUCUGACGGUUAUGCCGAAUUUGCAGUGCCUUUAAAUUUUGGAUGAAUUUCACAUAAUGUAUGCUAGUAGCUGGUGCCGGCAACACCCCCUCGACACCAGGUUGACGGAUAUCAUAUCGGCCUUCGAGGAGUUUUAAACUUGCAAAAGAUAGCAAAAAAAGCGUUGUCUUCAGUUUGUGUACCACAGGAACUAAGUAGAGAAAGAACGUCGAACGUGUUUGCUAUAAGAUAACCUAUGGCGGCCCUUCCCUGAAAUUUCACUGUGGUAAAUAAUGAAAUUUAAGUUAUUAUUUUGUAACAGUUGUACAAAACACAUUUACAAAACGUCAUAUUCAAUUCACUACAUGAAGAAGACACAAGGGGUCAAUUAAGUAAAACUUAUUAUGGUGCAGCUUACAAGCACAGCUUUUGUCUGUGCUCGUAAAAAAUACCCUUGUAGAAGUUUUAUUGAAUUGACAACCAGGAAGCAAUACAUUCAACUGAACAUAAUUACUAAACACGGCAUAUCAUAAGUUACUAUAGCUGCUUAACAGUAACAGUCAUUGCUAUUGAUUCUUGGUAAGUCUAGAUCUUUUCCUCAUAAAAUAAUAUUUUACGUCAUGAGGUCCCAUUUUUGAGCCAGAACAACUUCAAAGUAACACAAUGUGUUUGUUAUUUAUGGUGUUACUAUUCCCCAGUGACAACCUAUAGAAUACAAGAUGAUAAUAUUGGUAAUUGCAUUAAAAUCUUUUCCUUACUUUUAUAAUUAUUUUUAUUGCAGACAUCAUGACAGACUCUAAGUACUUUACCACUACCAAGAAAGGUUAGUAGGCAACUCUAAAUGUAUUUGGCAAAAAAAAUUCCUUUCCAGUCAUCCACAAAAACUAGGUUUUCCUUUUGUGAAAGUAACGCUUAUUUAUCACUUGCCGAUGGGUAAGAGCCCAGGCAAGUCAUCUGCUCCCUAAAUCAUUAACUAAUUAUAAGACAAGCAUUCAACAGACCCUGAACACAGGGUUGUCAAAAGUAGCCGGCUGCCGGCAAAAGUCACCACCUAUUUGGUUAGUAUCGGCCGGCUAUUCUGCUCAGCAUUUCUUUACAGGGUUUUUUAAAUAAAAUAUCCCUGGGCUGGCUGCUUACUUUGACAACUCAGUUGUCUACUUCAAAACUUUCUGACAACCCUGGAACAAGCAAAAUGUGAGAAUAGUUUGUCCUUUAGACAAACUGAAGUUCAAGUUUUUUUUUUUCAAACCUUGAAUAAAAUACGGAUUUAGUUAAGUGGAUUUAAACUUAUAGUUAACAACAAGAAGCAUAUGUUUUUUGUGUAAUAUCAAUUGCCAUUGUUUUCUUGGCCUGUUUGUUCCACAAACAGGGGCUUGUCUUCAGUGGUCAGCCCCCUCCACUUUGCACAAGUUGAGUAAUGUCGGUGGCUGGGGCUUCCCAGAUGGCGAUAAUCAGCGGUCAUCUUUUCAGGUUCAGCUCUCAUGAUCAUGAUCUGCUUGUCGGUUGUGGUCUUCAAGCCACAUGAUCCAUGCUGACCUGAGCCAGAGCAUUUUUUCUUCCAUUAUGUUUAAGCUUGAAGCAAUAUCAUAAUCGGCCUUACAUGUGGUUAUUUAGAUAAUAUAUUAUGUAUUGCAUUAAAAAAUGUAGUUAAGAAAGAAGGCAAAAACUGUAUGACUCUCACUUGUGCACUUAAUUUUAGGGGAGAUUUUUGAGCUCAAAGCUGAGCUAAACAGUGACAAGAAAGAUCGAAAGAAGGAGGCAGUGAAGAAAGUCAUAGCAAGUAUGACAGUUGGAAAAGAUGUCAGGUAGAAUGCUCCUUUUGUGAUAAUUUGAUAUCAAAGUUGUGUAACCUUGGUAGUACCUUAAUUUGUAAAUGGCUGUCUGCAUCCUCAGGUAAGAUUAAGUGAAUCCUGGGGUCAACUUGUUGACCUUUUGCAAGUGUAAUUUGUAAUUUACAAAUGUAGCUAUUGCUUUAAGGUCUGCUGUGCUUGUAAAUUACACUUGUUAAAGUUUUAUUAAAUUGACCCUUGUGUUCUGAUUGGCUACCGCAGCAGGAAAAGAGGGGUCCAUUUAGUCCACUCAGGAUUUGCUGCUUUGUUCUUGCAAGGAAAAUUUUGUUUUGGUGUUAAAAUUAUGGCAAAUCAUCAGUAUUAUAUUGAAUAAGUCUGUUUAGUCAAGAUGACUGGACAUUGGCCUUAUCAUGUUCAUCUUGAUCCAGAAAAAUGCAAGAAGGAACCAAGCCAACAUCCAGCCACCUUGACCUCACACUAGGUCAAUAACACAUAUAUCUGCAUAUGCAAUAUAAUAUGGUCAAUUAUAUUGUUUAAAACUUUUCUAGAAACAUUUCUCCAGGAAUGUUUGGUUUCAAAUCAUGACUAAAAGGCUCAUUUUAUUUUGUAGCUCCUUGUUUCCAGAUGUGGUGAACUGCAUGCAAACAGAUAAUCUGGAAUUGAAGAAGUUAGUCUAUCUUUAUCUUAUGAACUAUGCCAAGUCCCAACCUGAUAUGGCAAUCAUGGCAGUGAAUACUUUUGUCAAGGUCAGUUAUUAUCAAUAUAUUAGCUUUAGUAUGUUGUCAGUGUUAAAUAAAAACAUUUUUUAAGUAUUCCUCUAGAUUUGAAAACUUUUAACCCAGAUUAUUUUCUUGUUUUCUGUUUUCUCAUGGUAUGGUAAUGACUUUAAGGCAAAAGGUAACAAAACAUUUACCUGUUUUAAAAACUCCAACUGAAAAAAAAAAAUAGUAAGGUGCUUCCAGAGCUUCACAUCUGGCUACAUUGCAAAGGUUUGGGAAAAACAGGUGCUAAAUCAUAAAUGAUUAUGGCUUACCCCGUCCCCCUGAAGAAAUCCUCAGAACUUAAGGUGACACUUCUGCGAAGGAAGCACUUUCUUUCAUCUGAAAGGUGUCCACUUGCUGGGGGUUCAACUGUAUGAACAAGCACAACUGACAGUGUUUAAUUAAUAUAUAGGACUGUGAGGACCCAAAUCCCCUCAUUCGUGCCUUAGCUGUUCGCACCAUGGGCUGCAUCCGUGUUGACAAGAUCACUGAGUACUUGUGUGAGCCCCUUCGUAAAUGCCUGAAGGAUGAGGAUCCCUAUGUGCGUAAGACAGCCGCUGUAUGUGUAGCUAAGCUUCAUGAUAUCAAUGCUCAGUUGGUGGAGGAUCAAGGAUUUCUUGACUCACUGAGAGAUCUUUUGUCUGAUUCAAAUCCCAUGGUGAGUAUACAUGUACAUACAAACGAUUGAACAAGCACUGUAUUGAAACCAGUCAUAUUCACAUGUACUUCUAAGAGCUCAUCAUCCUUGCUUAGAAAAUGAGCAGUCUCAGUUUCAUUCCUAUGGUAUCCAAAAUUAAAAAAUUAUUAUUAUAAUAUAUGAAGUGAUUAUGCUAUAAAUGAUUAUUCAUAAUUAUAUAUAUUUUCAGGUUGUAGCAAAUGCAGUGGCUGCUUUGUCUGAGAUAAGCGAUGCUUCCCCAACAGCAGCUGCCAUGAUGGAAAUCAAUUCACAAACCAUAAACAAACUGCUUACAGCACUAAAUGAAUGUACUGAGUAAGUAGCAGUUCUUUCAACAACAACCCAAAUUCAAAGAAAAUAUUUUUCACUUUUAUAGUUUGUUACUGCAAACCUAAAGUGUAUUAAAAGAAAACCUUCUGAAAAUCAAAGUGAGGCGGCGGGGGACCCAUGGAUAAUUGUUUAGAAAAUUCUCUUGCUCCUCCCACAUAUUUGACCUCAGAGCUUUCGCGCUGCUGUAUCUCAACCACAAGCGAAAAACACACCAAACAACCAGCCAAAUAAGUACCUGCUAGGCAGGCUACUAGUAGCCUGCGAACGGCGGACAUUUCUCCUCGCUCAUUGCAGGUGAAGGACGUUUCGUGAAGAGGAACGUCUGCGACUCAGUGACAGAAAUUCCAUACUGAUGACACAAAAUCUCUCCGGAAUCCGGUUAGAAGCGCUAAUUAGUCGAAAGAGUAGUUUCAUUGUUUUAGCUAUUGUUUAUUAAUGACAGACAAAAGACAAAAGGGCGCAAAGGUCAAAUGUAAACGCGAUGAAUCUCUAACAAAACAAUCAAUAUAUGUGGAAUAUAGUCUCCUCUAAAAAAAGCAUUUGAGUUUUGCUGGAGCUCGUUCGCAGAUUAACACAACACUUUACCAAAAUCGACCAGGAGAAACAUAAAAUUGAACAAAUUUAUAGCAUUUGGAACCCCAUGACUACCGGAUUUAUUAUGUAAACAUUGAUUUACGUCAUCAGCAUGGAAUUUCUGUCGCUUAGUCGCAGACGUUCCUUCUCGUGAAACGUCUCUCAGCGGCAAUGAGCAAAGAGAAACGUCUGCUGUUCGCAGACUGGGCUACUACUAGUAGUAGAGAAGUGAACUGCUCGAGAAGCAACCAACCUUUUUGUGACCCAUUUUGUGAUGAAAACUACUGAUAGAAGGUACAGGUUUUACAUUUCAAUGCCUUGAUAAAUUUCCAAGCUCAAUAAGAUUACCAGCUAUGACUGCAAUAUGGUAUGUAAUUCAAUUUAAGCAAAAAUAUCACCGAGAACUAUGAUUCCUCAUUAUAAUAUGAGUAUUUAAUUGCAGAAGUUGACCAUACAGAAAUUUCAGGCGAGAAAAUGCCUUACUGUCUUAGAAUUUUUCCAUCCUAGGCAUAAUGAGCUUGUUUUUUAACGUAAGACACCUUUGAAGGUGACUUUUUGGAACAGACUGCUAUCCAUAAUAUUUAAACUCCUUGCUACAGGAACCCCUGCCAGAGACUGCAAAGUUUGGGGUAUAGACAAUAUGCCAUAGGCCAUACCAUGCUAGACGCAUGAUUUAUUUACCAGCAAUGUUCUUUCUUUUGUCAAGUGACUGGAAAUUUAAACUGCUCCAUUGUUUAUGAUCAAGAUACUUGUAGAACAUAUACAUGACUUAAAGAACUGUCAGCCAGUGUUGAUGCUUUCGCAGAGAAUGUGAGCGUGACAACCUCAUUCCCAGGGUUCUCUCAUGGGCCGGGAUGCAUGAGUGAAUACACAACUCAGGGACCCUUCGGCAACAACGAACUAUGUUGUUUUGAUAUUGGGCCGUGAGUUCGGGAGCCGAAGAGCAAUCUCUGUCAACACAAAGUGAGCAAGUGACACAUUUGAAUAUUGAAACCCAUCACAAAACCCUUUGGGUAUCCGCAGGUAAAAAAAUGGAAAAGAAAGAAAAAUGAUACAAAAAGAAGAAAGAAGGAAAAUCUAAACUUGCUUUGUGUGCCUGUCCUAGUGCCAGGAUGGUUUGAUAACAAACAAACUUUUUAGCUUAACACAAAAUAAUGUUUGGAAGUUGAAUUCAAUUUUUUAGAAAGUUAGAAAAAGACAUUAACAGCAGCUUUUUUUGUUGAAAACUAAGUCAUUGAUUAAGUAUUCAAAGUAGUUAUGUGUAUUUCAAAACUUAAUAGGUGGGGACAGAUCUUUAUCCUUGAUUCACUUGCUCAGUACACUCCAAAAGAUGACCGUGAGGCUCAAAGGUAUGCAAUAUUAUUAUACAUGUAUUUUACUUUUACUUACUUAUGUGUCUGACAUUGCUCUUGAGUUCAUUUGGGUCAUGGUGGAAGGGGCUGUAACACUCUUAAUCUGUUCUUUUCUUUUAAAAAGUAAUCACCUGAAAAGUCAGUAUGUUUGUCAGUAAACAAUAAUAUGGUAAAUAACACUGUUAACACCUGAAAUAUUUCAGGAGUUUUCAUUUGUGUAUGAACAACCACAUUAAAGGCCAGGACACUAAUAUUAAGCAAUCCACAAAAUACGAUUCUGCUUGUAAGCCCCCAGAUCACUCUAAAUGUCCUACAACUUGAACAAGCCCAGAGCUCAUAAUAAUAUAUUAUUGGGGUCUUCAAUUAUACACUGUAACUAUAAUUAUGGUGGGCUUCUCCCUAUAGCAGACACCUAGAAAUGUAGAGUUAGUUACUCUCCUUGACUCUCUUGUAGAGGGACAUCUUUCUGAGAAGGACACUUAUAUUAGGGCUGGCCUCGCCAGUGUUUGUCGUAAAGAACAUGUAGUGCUUGUAUCACUAAUGUACCUGGGAUCAAUUUAAUAAAACUUUUACAAGCGUAAUUUACAAUUGUAGCUAUCGUUUUAGAGGGUGAAAACAAUAGGCACACUUGUAAAUUACACUCGUAAAAGUUUUAUUAAAUUGUCCCCUGCUUAUUUCUUUCUCUUUCUCUUAAUUCUGACUAACAUUGAUUUGCUAACCUCCUGACUAUUUAUCAUACUUUCUGUAUCUUUUUUUCAAGUAUCUGUGAACGAGUCACUCCAAGAUUGUCUCAUGCUAAUGCUGCUGUUGUUUUGUCUGCCGUAAAGGUUAGUUGGGUUGGCUAUUCUUUCUUCAUUUAGUCCAGAACGUUGCUGCAUAAUAUAUGUACUUGGUUUUAAAAAGUUCGAUUUCAUUUUACAAGGUAUUUAAAUCCUUAAACUGGCUAGCUGUACUCGGCAGACUUACCAUGACGUGGCUUUAAUGAUCAUUAAAUGUAAGAAUAAUCUUGUUUCUGAUUUCUUAGCAAAGAGAUUUAUUCAUGUAUAAUCUCAGAUUAACAUCAGAAACACAAGACAGUGUGUUGAGAUGCUGUCAUUGUACUCAGGAGCCAUUUUAUGUAUCAGCAAGUUUGCCUUCAUUAUGGCCAAGUUGAUGCUAUAAUUAGCAGAAAUUUCAUUAAACUGCCCCUGAAACACUGAUUUUCAUAUCACGACAGGUGCUUAUGAAGUACAUGGAAGUAAUGGCUCCUGCCUCAUCCUAUGUUCAGAACCUCAUCAAGAAACUGUCUCCUCCUCUUGGUAUGUUAACUACCUCAAACAAUCUAAAGACUAAUUAACAUUAUUAUUUUGUGCAAUGAUUUUGUAAUUUUAGUCCCAGUUUCGUUUUUAACCUUCCAAAACCAGCCACUUAUAAGUGUACUUACAAGACUAGGCAAUGUUGUUCUCUCUCACGCAGUUGCUACAUCAUUUCCCAAUGCAAUGGAGCCUUGAAAUGCCAUUCUGAAAAAGCCAGCCUCCAAAAAGAAAGUUGUUGUAUGUUUUACAAUCUUAAACAGAUGCGAUGAUUUAUUAUAGAAUCUUUUCCUUUCUUUUUUUAGUAACUUUGUUGUCCAGUGAACCUGAAGUACAGUAUGUUGCUUUAAGGAACAUUAACUUGAUUGUUCAAAAGAGGUACUAGCAGUUAGGCCUUCUCAUAUAACAUCAGGUCUUUAUUGGAUAUGUGAUUUGCAUUUCAGUUGAAUUUAGACUAAAGCUACAUGUUAUCUUAAAUAAGCAAUUUUAAUUUUCACUGAGAAUUGUUAAAUAAACACUUUGUCAUGUUGAAUCCCUUCCCCCUUGCACUGAUGUCAAUCAUGUAAAUUAACCCACUAACUCUUGAAUCCUUCCCUCCUUUUUGAGGAGCUCUGUAUGUAGGCUAUUGUUAGGCUACCAAUGAUGAAAUAACAGUCCUUGAUUGAAUUUCAUUGUACCUUCAUAAGUACUAGUGAUCUUCUUAUCUGCAGUACUCAACUUAAUUGACUGAAAAUUCUCUUAACUUGUUGAGCAUAAUUAAGCUGUUGAACAUUCUGCAUUUUUCUGAGUCUACUUUUUGCUCUCCUCAGGCCAGAUAUCCUCAAGAAUGAGAUGAAGGUGUUCUUUGUGAAGUACAAUGAUCCAAUUUAUGUGAAACUGGAGAAACUAGACAUCAUGAUCAGGCUGGCAAAUCAACAAAACAUUGCUCAAGUUCUGGCAGAGUUAAAAGAGUGGGUUGAUUUCAUUACAUACAGCAAAAGUGUUCUUCUUGUUUCCCCGCCCCCCUGUUAAUUUAGUCCUUCUAGGGCCACCUCCCACGCACUUCUAUUUACAAAAAUCAUGCAAGCAAUGUGAUACUAUGUGAAGUUAAUACUACAGAUAAAUAAUGAAAGGAGAAAAGGCCAAACAACAUUUUGUUGUUCAUAUAGGUAUGCCACUGAAGUUGAUGUUGAUUUUGUGAGAAAAUCUGUCAGAGCUAUCGGUCGUUGUGCCAUCAAAGUGGAGGUCAGUUUAUUUUUGAACUAGAUUUUUAGUUGCUAGUGUAACAUUUAAGUAUUCCAAUUUCAUUCCUUUCUUGCAUAUUGUCAGGUAAUACAUGUGAUAAUAUUUCCCUGUUCUUUUGAUACAUGCCAUCUAUGCUGAGGGAUUCUUGAAACAGGUAGUCUUACAUUUUGGUAUUCCAGUAUUCAAAAACAAAAAUGCUGUGAAACUUAAUUAGUAUGGAGUCCAAAGGGACAUAGCCAGGUGACCCUGUUACAGCACUAGGUACAUGUAGAGGUACCAAGAGAACUGUCUUAAAGAGAGGUGUAUGUGUUGUGGAGGCAACCAUGAGAGGUGGUUCAUCAAAACAUGGCGAGAUGCUAAUCAUAGCUUAGUGUCUCAUGGAAAUGGACAACCUCCACCAGGUUUUGGAAGCUACUCGAAUGACUCAUACAUAAUAUAGCACUAUAAUAAUAUACAUAAUAUAGCAUUAAUAUAGCACCUAGUUCUUCUGAGACCAUGCCAGUGAUGAGGUAGUACACAUGUAGUCUGAUACUUUUUGAGAACUUUGUUAUUUUUGGGUGAUUAUGCAUUUUUAACACUCGCUUUUUUUUCUCAUAGGCAUCUGCAGAACGCUGUGUCAGCACACUCUUAGACCUAAUCCAGACCAAAGUCAACUAUGUAGUGCAAGAGGCUAUUGUUGUUAUCAAGGUAAAAUCCUUUUUUCCUCUGUCAGUCGUCUGUCCUUGAUCGGUUGAUUGGUUUCAUUUGCCUGUACCAUAGUUAAUAGAGUGGAAUGGUUUUGAAGGCCAUCAGACUCCUUUAAUUAAUGUUUUUGUAGACCUGACAGCACAAAACGUUCAAGAACACUCCUAUCAUUUUGAUCUUAGUGACCAAUAAAAGUGUAGCAUUAAUUUAUUCAGUCACAAUUUGUGAAAAGAAAAUAAAGUAUUGUACACCGUUAUGGAACCGAUAUAUAAACUGCAGCACUGUUGUCUUUAUUUCUGAUGGUUCUCGCCUCUCUUAACCAGUCUCCUCUACUAUUUAUGCCUGCACAGAUGGUCUAAUGUUAACACUUCUUUUCCAACUGGUAUUGUGUCCUUUAGGAUAUCUUCAGGAAGUAUCCAAACAAGUACGAGAGCAUUAUUUCCACCUUGUGCGAAAACCUGGAUUCCUUAGAUGAGCCUGAGGCAAGGUUAGUAUUACUUUUGAGAUUAAUAUAUAAACCAGGCAUCUAACAAGUGGCUUUUUUGGCAGAAAUGUUUACAAAUGCUGAUCAAUCCUUGGAAAGAGCAUUGGUUUGAAAUACUUUAUUUUGUAACCUUUCAUAGGGCAUCCAUGAUCUGGAUCAUUGGUGAAUAUGCAGAGAGAAUAGACAAUGCAGCAGAAUUGUUGGAGUCAUUUCUGGAAGGAUUCCAAGAUGAGAAUGCCCAGGUUCAAUCAUUUUUGUUGGUGUUGCCUGGUCUAGUCAUGAAUACAUACACAAUGUUCUACCAAUUAGCCAAAAAAAGAAUUAAUUCUGGAGUGAAAAUUCCUGUGCUAGAAAUAACCCAUGAACCCAAUGAGCAUCUGCCCUAGUAAAGGGGAUAAGAGGAUCACACAACGCCAAGAAAAAAAUAUAUUUUCACCUCAGUAAGAGAUUAGGGAUUUUUAUUGUACAACACUGCUUUGAAGUCUUUUUAAGUAUCUACCCAAUAUUCAUCUUCCCUUAUAUGGUACCAAUAGUUAAUAAAACAGUACGAGAAAAAAGUCAAUAAUUUAUUUACUAUUGUACACAUGAACAAAGGUAAACAUUUUUUCAGAUUAUUAUAAUGCUGUUAACACAAACUGAUGCUGUUUGGACUCUAGGUGCAGCUGCAACUUCUGACAGCGAUUGUAAAGUUGUUUUUGAAGCGUCCAACUGACACACAGGAGCUGGUUCAGCAGGUUUUAAGUUUAGCAACACAGGAUAGUGAUAACCCAGAUCUAAGGGACAGAGGUUACAUCUACUGGAGACUCUUGUCCACUGACCCGGUCGCUGCGAAGGUAUAGUUAGCUUUCCAUGCAUUAAUAAGCUAUUUCUGACUUCCAAAAACCCUUUCUUUGAAAAUAAAGCGUGGUGGGAAACCUUCCUUGUGAAGUUGUUUGAGUUAAGUAUGUAUGGAGAAAAAAUAUGUUCCAUGCAAAGGACUUGGAACUUGCCCCAGAUUGGUUGUCUUUUCAUGUAGGAAUUUGUAUUUUAUUGUACUGCCUUUUUUGUAUUGUGUUGGAUUGCAUUGGGCAUGUAUCUUGCCAAAUGGAAAUCAUGCUAUGAGCAAUUCCUGAAAACUCAAGUAAUCAGGACAGAAUGGAAGAAUGACAGUGAAUACUCUUGUUUACUUAAAACUGUAGUGUAUGAUUUUAAGGAGGAUUAGUUUGAACCAUUAGAAAAUAUCCUUAUUGCUGGGAAACUGUUGUGCCAAUAAAUGCAGAGACCUCUUUUUAUUGCCCGUAAGUUAGCUGUAAUUUUAUCGUAUCAUAUUCAAGGGGCUUGGUUCUUGGGAUCUAUGCUAAAAUUAUCAAGAGUUCUUGUUAAAAAAUGUUUUCUAUUUUGUGAUCAGGAAGUUGUGCUGGCAGAAAAACCACUGAUAUCAGAAGAGACAGAUCUCCUGGAACCCACAUUACUGGAUGAACUGAUCUGUAACAUCUCCACACUGGCUUCUGUCUACCACAAGCCACCCAGCUCAUUUGUUGAAGGACGCACAGCUGCAAGGAGAUUCACACUGCCCCCAAGAGCUGAGCCAUCUCCAGGUACAAUAAUUUAAUGUACAAACUUUAUCUUAGUUGUUUUUACUGGACAUGUAAGAAGUAAACAAGUCAUUCCUUGAAAACCAAGCACUGUUUGAGCCAUCCAUCUCUCAGGCCUUCCUCACAGUCUCAGAGGCAGCUAGAAUGGCAUGUGUACAGCCCAAAUCAGUGCAAGCAAUAUUUAUGACACUUCAUUAAUUUAAUCUGAAUAAUAAUGAUGAUUACCAUGUCCUUUAUCACUAUUUUUAAUCUGAAUAAAUAAUAAUGACCAUGUCAAUUACUGCUAUUAUUAUUGUUGUUGAUUAUCAUUAUCAUUAUUUAUUGUUAUUAUUAUUUUAUUUUAUUUUAUUUUUUGCUGCUGUUGUUUUUGUUAUUGUUACCAGUAAUAAGUGAUUAUAUUAACAGGGGUAUUAUAAUGUUAUAAGAAAACAAUGGCUGGGAACUCUAAAAAGUGGAUUUUGGUUGCAUCAAGGAGGUGCAUAUUAAUAUUACAAAUGGGCCAAAGGGCGUGGAAGUUUUAAUUUGCAUUCCAGUAUAUUUGUCAGAUUUCUUUCAUGUGUGUUUUCAUUCCAUGUAGGAGCUGAAACUGAAGAAGCACCCCCUGUACCUCAGCAGCCAGUAGCAGUCAUGGCUGAAGUAGCUGCAGCUCCUCCUCAACCCACCACCGAUUCUCUUCUUGGUGAUCUUCUUGAUAUGGGACCUUCUCAGCCUGUUGCUGCUCCAAGCAUGGCUCCCGCUCAACCAGCAGGUAGGUUUUAUUUCAACAGUGAAUUGCUCUGCUCUCCUUUAUUCAUACUUACAGUUAAGAAAUGCAUUGCUUAGUGGAGGUGGGUGCCUGGGAUGUCUAGGGGCUUCCACUUUUGUGGACAGAGUUACACUGUACAGUGCCAUGACUGGUAGACCUGCACCUUCCAGCCACAGCAAUGGAACCCGGCACCUGUCACUCUGAUUUAUCAGCAGAAAAAUUAAGGGGGAGAGGGAUGGGUGUAAAAGAAUGAUCCAAAGGCGAAAGAAGAGAGUAGAUACUAGGAAAUGCUGUACUAAGCACAUGGAGCAGAUGCAAGCUAGGCUGACCGUGCUUGAGCAACCACAUUGAACACUGACUGACAACAUGGAUGGCACUCCUUGUUGUUAACUGUGUUGAAGUUCAUUUAACUUCAUCUAAAGCCAUUUUUUUCAUGUUUAUUUGGAAACAGAGAAGAAAAAUUUGAGAAUAUUUAUGUUGUGUGUAUGUACAUUACUUUAGGUGGUUUGUGUCACUGUAGAUGGAGGAUGUAUACUUUAAUUACCUAGUUAUUUGAUGUAUUUUUUGCCAUCUUUCUUUAAGCACCAGGUGGUGGAGUCAUGGAUCUUUUGGGAGAAGACUUCAGUGGCUUGCAGGUAAAAAUCCUCAUAACCAUAACAAAUCUUUUUAAAAUGUCCCGCAACAAUAGGUAACAAGAAUGUGAUAAUAGUUCACUACUACAGGCGAAUUUUAUAUGUCGUACCGGUCAGUUUCUGUGGUGUCACUGCUUGUGAAAUUACCAAAUAAUGUGACAUAAAAAAUUGAGAAAUCACUGAACAAUACUCGCUCCACAACGCAUCAACUGACAAGAAUAUUUGCCACAGUGCAAAGAGAUGUCCUUCUUGGGAGAUCUCAGUUUGUUUUCUUUUGCCAACGUUAGUCAACUUUCACUUUGAUCUUCAAGUUGAAAGAACAAACAGUCUAGUUUUAUCUCCACAUGGGCUAACUCAUCUCAGUCGUUUUCUGUUGUUUCUGCAGAAGAGGCUUCAUUGCACACAAAUGUAUUAAGAAUUAUUCUGUUCAAACCUACCACACUGUAUUCAAGGGUCAGAUUAUAUCAAUUAAUACGUUUAUAGUGCAAACAGCCAGAGCAGGUGCCAUGGUUGAACCUCGUUGCAGUGAUACAAUCUUUAUUGCUCUCUGUUUUUCAGCUUGGUGGAGGCCCAGCUCCUGCUCAACCGGCAGGUUUGAUGGGAGGCCUGGGAGAUCUGUUCAGCUUGUCAGGGGGUGUUGGUAUCGCUGGUGGAACGUAUUCGGCACCUAAACAGGUCAGUUAUCAUAGGCAACAGUACAGUGUUGUCUUCUCAUUUAGGUCAGUCUUUAGGAGCUAACAAAUUAACGCACAAUAAUUUAUAGGAAGUAAUGAGUGACAACCAAACAAGAUACAGCCUCAGCCAAAAGCAUGGAUAGCAAUAAUAUUAUAAAGUAAAAUUUCUUAAGAAGAAUCAAUUCAUUUCAGAAAUUCCUUUCACUUCUUUUCAAAAAAUGAAUUGAAAAAAUCCUCUUUCCUUGAAAUCAGCUAUAAUACAAAAAAUCGUGGAAGUUUAUUUUAAUUUGUAGUUCUUAAGAUAAGACUGGAGGAAGAUAAGCGAAAGGAGAAAGAAUCAGUUGUUUUGUUUUGGUUUGUUUUUUUAAAUGCCUUUUAGUUAUCCAGCAUUACAGAAAUAUCUGCUAAACUGGAGAAAGGACUCCAUCAGGGGGAAAAUAUCAUGAGAAGUCAUGCAAAACGGCUCGCUUGCAACUCCACGCACGGCUCAAUGCGCUCGACACUCAAAAUGGAUAGCUUGCUCACAGACUUAACUGGAUUUGAUAUUAUUUUGAUACACAGGUGUGGCUGACAGCUGCCAAAGGCAAAGGCCUGGAAGUCUCAGGUAAUUUCACAGUACUGUAAGGAGGUCAUCCACUAGAUUAGCUUUUGCUGUUUAGGUGAUCCCAACUCGCUCCUUAUCUAGAUUUUUAUUUUUUACUCAUAAUAUAAAUGUAUUUAUUUGUCUUUGUUAAUUCCAUCUGUAUCAUAUGUAAAUCGAGCUGAAAGAAGUCAAUCUUCUUGUCUUGUCUUGUUAACUGUCCUUUAAUGCCUAUAGCUCAUUGUUUGGGUUUUUUCUAUAAGUGAGGGCCAUUGUUGUUUCGGUGCAGAACAGUGUAUUCAUUUAUUUGCGCAGGGUUCGUACAGGUCAUGGAAAACCUGGAAAGUCAUGGAAUUUAAGAAUUCGUUUUCGAGGCCUGGAAAGUCAUGGAAUUUAAUUGUCGGUCCUUGAAAAUCAUGUAAAAUUAAAGUUUUGUUUGGUAGAUUAGUUACUGCAGAUGACAAGGCAAGGAUAACGUAAGAUAAAGAGGAGUAAUUAAACAACGCGAACGGCAUGCAUUUUCAGUGGUGGAUACCAGACUUUGUUUCUGUUGAACUGUUUUUGUAAAAAGAAAUAUGCUAAAACAAGUUGAGUUUUGAAAAUUUUCGAAAAUAACAGCUAAACUUAAGGUCAAGGAAAACUAGAAAAGGUCAUGAAAAAGUCAUGGAAAGUCAUGAAAUUUGAAGAACUUAAAAGAGUACGAACCCUGUCGUGGAAAAAAAGGAAGACACCCUGUGUAUAGGAUUUUGGGGUUAUAUUGCGGUUAGGAACAUAGAAUAUGGCUACAGACGCUUUAGGCUGCUUUUAAUGUACAUGUGUAUUUGGGUUUAAUUAAGACAUUUUGUUGUUAAUUUUCUAGGAACGUUUUCUCGUCGCCAAGGACAGAUCUACAUGGACCUGCAAUUUUCCAACAGAGCCAUGCAGGCCAUGGGAGAUUUCGCAGUUCAAUUUAACAAAAACAGGUGAUUUGGAUACUGUUCUGUUUCGCUAGUUGUUAUGCAUGGAAUACGUGUACAUAUGAUUUAACCAGUUCACACCUUGAAGUUUGGAGCACGGGUUAACUACAAGACCAUCUCUGAUUACUAGCUAGCGUAAAUCGUCUCGCGGUAAACCAACAACAACAGAAAAACAUUUAUUAUAUGACAGAAGAUCAUCGCAAUUAUAGACGCAACUUUUGCGGUUUCGAAAAGAAAGCCUGAAAAAAAAUUUGGGCUUGCACGGGAUUCGAACCCUUGACCUCUACGAUACAGGGGGGGCGCUCUACCAAUUAAGCUAACAAGCCAACUGGUAGCAGGUCGCUGAAAUGGUUCGUUAUAAGCCCGUGAAAGUUAGCACAGCCCAUUUAACGUCAUCUAUAGUGCUAUGAAAAUUUUUUUGCCAUGUGUAAUAACUACGGUUUUUUCGUUUCCAGUUUUGGCCUUGCUCCAGCCUCACCGUUGAACGUUCCAACUCCUUUACUCGCCAACAGUUCAGCUGAAACUUCGCUUCCUGUCAACACAAGUAUGUGGUAACAAAGCCCCAAUAUCAACAUUCAUUUUCUCUACACUGAGAUUCAUACAUUUCUUAUGGUACUGCUGGAGAGAAUUUGUUCAAACAUCAAGACAUAUCAUCUUUGUAGUUCAUGUUAUUAAUUCUCAUGGCUUGUAUGUUUUACAAGGCCGUGUUACCGUUGGGAGAAUUACAGAAAUUGGAUGCUCGUAACUUGGAAGUUGAAGGGUUAAAGACCCAACGUUAGAAAGUAAUUGCUAGAGCAUCGUUAAGAAAAGUUGUUUUAAAAUGGGGUUCACAGUGCCUAUAAUAUUUUGUUUUUCUUUUCAUUGUGGCGGUUAUUCGUGGGUGUUACGUAUCCAGGGAUGAUGUUUGCAAACUGCCAGUCUUUCCCAAUGUAUCUACCUGUUGAUUUAAAAAAGCAUGAUAUUUGUGGUAAAAGAUACGUGAUUGCUUUAAAGACGGCGUUUCUGAUUGCAAGUACUUCCCUUCCAAAAAGCUCCGGGUUUUAGUGGAAGUUGCGGCACUUACUCAAGAAUGCUACCCCAACUAAUUUUGUGGUCAUAGUGCCCCUGUUCAAACUUGUAAUUUCGAGCAAGGAAGGACCUUGAAGCCACAUCAUGACCAUAAAAGUAGGGCUGGUGUACGAUAUACCAUGUGAAUAGCAAGUCUCGAGUUACGUCUCAAAGAACACAACAAUGAUCCCUAGCCCUUACACAAAUUAUAACACAAUAAACUUCACCCAAUAGAACGAGACAAUAGUGCACAUAUUGACUUGGUAAAUCGAGCAUUGUUUUUUUUUAUCCAUUGUAGCUGGAGCUGUUCAGAGAAUGGACCCAUUAACCAACCUUCAAGUUGCUAUUAAGAAUAAUGUGGACGUGUUCUACUUCAGUUGUGGUGUUCCUUAUAAUGUGCUGUUUGCUGAAGACGGACAAAUGGGUAAGCGAGCAGUCUCUUAUGUUUCUUUUGAGUCAUAGUAGAUCGAGAGCACGCGUGAGGGGCGAGCGGUGAAGCCGCGAGGAACGAGGGCUGAAACUCUCCUCCUUUUUACCAUUAAUUUCCAUAAAUUUACCCUUUCGCCCGCGUCCGCCCGUGGCUCUGACCGCUCACGUUCUAAAUUUUCUUAGUUCCAUUUUAGCAAGAAAAUAGUGGCUGACUCAAACUUUUUUUUUCUUGUAGACCGCAAGGUCUUUUUAGCAACUUGGAAGGAUAUUCCUGCGGAAAAUGAAGUGCAAAAUCAAGUCUCUAACAUCAUGUUUUCCUCAGGUAAAACUUUUUCUUCUCAUUGGCCAGUGAAAUUUUGAAAGUAGCAAAAAAGUGUCAUUGUUUUCGUUCUUUUUACUUUACUGUAGACGUGGCUCAGUCAAAGCUUUCAGCUAACAAUGUUUUCACCAUCGCCAAACGCACUGUGGAAGGCCAGGUGAGUUCAAUUACAUUACUCUUCUUAUUAUUACGUCAAAUGUUAUCUUAAAGGGACACUUCCACUGUUAGAAAAGUGACCGAAAUUUGGUUGAAAAAAUGUCAAAAUUCUAAGUUCACUUUAGAUGAUUUUAGUGGACAUAGAACUGAUGCGAUAGUCGCCUUUAUAAAGUAGAGCUUCCAUUUAAUGACAUCACGUUUAUUAUUCCAGCUCAACUGUUGAUUUCUGGGAGAUUCUGAUGGCGUUGCGUUAGGAGGUUGUACCUGUGUAUGCGUUAACCUAAGGCAUUUAUGUUCUCAUGGAUUUCUUUCUUUCCUCAGGACAUGUUGUAUCAGUCAUUAAAAUUUACCAAUGGAAUAUGGGUUCUAGCAGAGCUCAAGAUGCAGCCUGGUAAUCCUGUGGUACAGGUAGGUGAACCGGCGCUGGUCAUUUCACUUUCCUGUUGUUAGAAACUGUACAAACUGUAGCCCUGAAAGGCUCCUUUAAUCAGUCCAACUGGCCGUUAAAAAGUCUUUUUUGAGGGACCAUUUUAUCCUUUCUAAGCCUUAUUUAACGUCUCAUGUCCUAAAUUCCCUGUAGCUGAAUCCGGCGCUUAUUUAAAACAUGAGAAUUAAAGAACGCUUGCUUUAUUAUCGAGUAUCCCCAGUGUCUACCCUGUUAAAUGCCCCACAGCUGAACGCGAGUCGUUUGUUCAGUGUGACAGAGCAUGUUGGGUCAGUUUAAUAAAACUUUUGCUUACAAGAGUAGCUAUUGUUUUAGGGUCUGAAAACAAUAGCUACACUUAAGAGUUUUAUUAAGGGCUUGUUUACAUGGAGGUGGGGGACCCCAGAUAGGUGAGGUAACAUGCGGUGGGUCACCCCACCUAUCAUGUAAACGUGGGCAAAAUAAAAUGAGAGAUUAUAUGGACGGGCGGGCUACCCCGCCUACCUGAGGUCCCCCACCUCCAUGUAAACAGGCCCUAAAUUGAUCCCGGGUUUCUGUGAUGACGGGUGGUGUGGAAUGGUUUUUAAUUGAGUGUCGUAAGUUAGUAACUACUAAAACCAAUCACAGUGGAUGCAAACAGUCAAGUAAACCAACCAAUUAGAACACGAGUCAAAUAUGUGUAGACGGUGUAAAGCGUGAAAAAACGUUCGAUUUAAUGAAGAGUGGUGUCAUUGUAUAUAGCCUGUUGUGAACUGGAGGUAUCGUUCAGACGAGGUUAAUGCGGGGGGAUUGGGAACGGUUCCUCACGUGAGCCUUGACUGAUAUUUAGUUCCAGUUCAUUUUUGAAGUCUUUAUCAUCGUUUCUAACUCGUGUUUGUUGUUUCUACAGUUGUCCUUGAAGACGCGCGCUAUGGACGUGGUUAUGGGAGUGCAAAGCAUGUACGAAACCAUCCUACACAGCUAA